AUGGGACAACCUCUGUCAUGCGCCAUUCCACCUAUUGUACUUGUGCAGCUCGAACGCCCCCAACCCUUCGGGCCAACUGGGCCGCUGGCUGGAUAUGGCUCUGGAGAAGAAGAUCGUGUGCUCCCCACUAAGAAUGAUGGAACGCCCUGCCCUGUUCCAGACUACGUGAAGAAAUUGUCCUUUUGGUCUAAACACGGGUAUCUCCCCAACCAGCCCCCCGGAAGCGCCGAUCAUCCCAUUGAGAUCGCCUAUUCGGAGGAAAAGGACGGUGAGACGGCAUAA